CAUAUAUUUGAGGCUGUUAUUAAUAUUUAAUCGGUGGACGGUAUUGAACAUAAACCAUAUUGAAAAUCAGUAGCUAAAAUAUGGCACAUUUACUUAGAUAUUUCGUGCUUUGCCUGUUAAGCGAGUUUUUAAUUGUUUUUUCAUUGUCGAACAACCACAAUACUAGUAUUGGAAAUAUUACUGGAGGCUUAGUGACCGAUGAUGCACUGGAAAAGUCCGGUAUUUUACGUCAGCUUCUAAACCAAGAGACCAUUAUUCGAAUGGCUCUAGUACAAAACGUCCACUCUUUAAUGAAGGACAUCUUGACAAUUAAGAAUUCCAUGCUCGUCUCGGAAACAGCUAUGGGAAAAUUCAAACUUGCAACCGAAAAAACUAUUUUUCAAUUAGAAGCAGAAGUUGAAAAGCUAAAAUGGGAAAAUCAGCGUCUAAGGAACGAUAAUGCAGAGAUUCAAAGAAAAUUAAUUCCUUGUGUGAAUGGAACAUCUCAAACAGUCCAAGACUCAAUUUCAGAAAUGCGAAGAAAUUUUGACACAAAGUUUAUACAACUUGAUUCAGAGUUACAGACGAUCCAAGCAAGGAAAGCAAAUGUAUCAUCCAUUGCAACUUUAGAGACAUCCUUGUCAUACAUUUCAACUCAAGUUGGAAACCUGUCAAAGAGAGUAGCCUUCACAGCCGGGGUGACCGUUUCUAACCCUUCUUGGAACAGUGGGACAUUAAUAUUCAAUAAAGCUAUCAACAACGUGGGAGGAGGAUAUAACACUCACACCGGCAUCUUCACUGCACCAGUAUCAGGAGAUUAUGUUUUCUAUGCUACUAUCCAAACUUACGGUCGCCACUAUGUUUAUGUAGACAUUGUGUUAAAUGGGUCGAACAAGGUCAGAGUCGGGGCUCAAACUUCUAACCAUCAUGAUGACACAGGUACAAACCUGGUAACAUUACGGCUACAGCAGGGGGACACAGUAUGGAUACGACAUAGCAUUGGUUGGGGAUAUCAUACGCACAUUGCCUCUCCCCUGACCACAUUCUCUGGAUUUCUUAUCUAAACAAUGAAUUUUUCAUAAAUAUGUAUUGUUUUGAAAAUAUAGUAUGCAUAGUAUGCCUACUAAAAAUGCAAUAGUGUGUUUUGGCUUCUAUCAUUCACCAGCAUAAUU